CACCCGUCCCUCACUGACCAUGCGCGCAUUUUGUUUACAGCCCACUCGCUCUGGACAACAUGGAGUUCUCGGCUCUCCCCCUGCUCUUGUUCAAACUCUUCGACAGGUUCACGGCGCUGGCCGUGUUCUGCACCGUCUUUUGCCUGGUCUUUGACUUCAUGAAGAGGCGCAAGACGUGUGGGAACUACCCUCCCGGGCCCCGGGGCUUACCUUUCGUCGGGAACAUCCUGCAGGUGGAUCUGAGCAACCCUCACCUGUCAUUCGCAAAGCUGUGGAAGAAGUACGGCGAUGUGGUGAGUUUAGAGUUUGGAUGGACAAACCUGGUGGUGUUGAGUGGCUACAAGACCCUGAAAGAGGCUCUGGUGAAGAAAUCGGAAGAUUUUGCAGAUCGGCCAUCCUUUCCGAUUUAUGAGAAGUUCUUUCGGCAGCAUGGUGAAGGUAUCGUGUUUGCAAAGUACGGAGACUGGUGGAAACAGCAAAGGAAAUUUUCACUCUUGACCCUGAAGAACUUUGGGCUCAGAAAGAAGUCCCUUGAAUUGCAAAUUGUGGAAGAGGCUGAAUUUUUAAUUCAAGGUUUUGAAAGUGAACAAGGUCGUCCUUUUGAUCCACAUUUUCAUUUAACUUAUGCGACCUCGAAUAUCAUCUGCUCAAUUGUCUUUGGUGAACGCUUUGAAUACAAUGAUAAGAAGUUCCGUAGAUAUUUGCACAUACUUGAAGAAAGCUUUGUGUUGGAAGGUGGAUUUUGGGGUCAGUUGAUGAAUGCAUUCCCCUUCCUGUGUUACCUCCCAGGACCGCAAAACAAAUUAUUUCAAAAUCAGGACAAAAUCAGUCAGUUUUUGCAAGAGAUAAUCAUGAGCCAUAAGGAAACAUGGGAUCCAAAUUGUACCAGGGACUUUAUUGAUGCUUUCUUAACACAGCAGGAGAAGACAAAGAAUGAUCCGAACACAAGUUUCCUGGAAGGCAAGAUGAUUGGGGCAGUAGCUGGCCUCUUUUCUGCAGGUACAGAGACCACAUCCACCACCCUAAGCUGGGGCUUGCUCUUCAUGGUCUUGCAUCCAGAUGUGCAGUCUCGGGUUCACGAGGAGAUUGACAGAGUGAUUGGGAAGGGUCGAAGGCCAAGGUUGGAAGACCGGGAGGAAAUGCCAUUCACUAACGCUGUUAUCCAUGAAACACAACGCUUGGGGAAUGUUGGUCCAAUCUCACUGCCGCAUGAAACGUACAGAGACACAACAGUCAUGGGUUACACCAUCCAGAAGGGAACAAUGAUCAUUCCAAACAUUUCCUCUGCCUUGUUUGAUGAAGAUAUUUGGUUGACUCCACAUCAGUUUAAUCCAGGACACUUCCUCGAUUCCGAUGGGAAGUUUGUGAGGCCAGAAGCUUUCAUCCCAUUCUCGGCAGGUCAUCGUGCGUGUUUGGGGGAGCAACUGGCAAAGACGGAGCUCUUCAUCUUCUUCACGUCCAUGCUCCAAAGAUUCACGUUGUUUCUCCCGGAAAAUGAGCCAAGACCAAGCUACAAGGAAGCUCGAUUCGGAAUUACCCUCUGCCCACUGCCCUAUCGGCUCUGUGUUAAAGCCAGAUAGGGAUGGAUAUUCACCAUCUGGGGUCAGGAGGCUUUUUGCUAAACUCAGAUUCAAAAUGCUGAGCAACAGACACAAAAUGCUGGUGGAAUGCUGCAGGUCAGACAGCAUCUAUAGGAAGAAGCACUGUCGACGUUUUGGGCCGAAAUGUCGACAGUGCUUCUUCCUAUAGAUGCUGUCUGACCUGUUGUGUUCCACCAGUAUUUUGUGUGUGUUGCUUGAAUUUCCAGCAUCUGCAGAUUUCCUCGUGUUUGCCUUUCAAAAUGCUGACUUUUUUUUAUUCAAGGUAUUUAUAGUUAAUCUUUAACUAGUACUAAUUUACCAGUCCUCUUGAGAAACAAUCAUGUACAAGAUUAGGAAACAUAAUUAACUUAAUUGGGACUAUGACCUAAUCAGAAGAAACAGUGUUGUCUGAGUUAAGCUAAGUCUGCUGUGGUCUGACCUGAUCAAUUCAGUUGUGAAAUUACCCCAUGCAGAUGAGGGCAUCACUAGAUGAAUCAUAAGAAAAAGUUUUAAACUUUUAAAGGCAGUAAAAGUGCAGAGUUACAAACAUGACAAGGAGAUCUAUCCUCAGCCUGGAUCUGAGAAAGAUCUCUUCCCAGGACCAAUCUUUCUGUGUCGCAACUUAUUUGUCUGCAACUCAUCUGGUUUGUAAGAAUUGGACAUGUGUUUGGAAAUCAGUUAUAGAUCCAUAAUCUCUAUUAGAAUUACUCCUCAAUAUAAAUGUGCUCCACUUGUUUAAUCUGUUUCAUUAGUUGGAUGCAUCUCCUCCUUAGUUGGGAGGGAGGAAUCAUUGCUUGAAAUAAUGACUAUUGACAGCUAAACCCCUUCAGAAAUAGAUAAGGUAGCUAACUGGUCUUUGCAUUAUAGGAUGAUACAGUGUAAUCUCGUAAAGUGAGGGUGCAUAUUGAGGAAUGGAGUUGGUGCGCCGUACGGCCUAAUUCUGUCCCUAUGUAUAAAGGUCUUGUGUACACCUUACUGGACUUAACUUCAGUUUAGGACUCUAGAGAUUAUUGAUAUAUUUAUCUUUCAGUUAGAGAUAACAGAACAGUAACAGGCCCUGCUUGCCCAGCUAUUUAACCCAAUCCCAAUUACACUGUGACCAAUUAACAUUGUAACUGAGACGUAUUUGGAAUGUGGAAGGAAACCCACACAAUCACAGGGAGAGGAUGCAACCCCCUUUCCGAUAUUGGUGGGAUUGAACCCUGAUCACUGGCAGUGUCAUAGCAUUACGCUAACUGCUGCACUACCGUGACAUCCCAGACUUUAAAUUGCCAGUGAUCAAUGUAACAAUCGAUUGGCCCCUUUUUUUAAAGAAUGAAAACCUUACUAGUGCACGUUAUUUCAAUUCAUAACAGUGUGAUAGAAUCUUGUGGUACGCAUUUUCAGGCUUUUGUAUCUUCUGCCCGACGGGGGGGGGGGGAAUGGUGGGAGGGUCUUCAAUUAUGUCCGAGAAGGAAUGGAAGAACGAGUUCCUGAGCUUGGCCAAACAGCCUGAAGAAAGAAUAUAGUCUGAAUUUGAUUUGAUUACAAUUGUAGGUUCUGCUGACUGCUGAACAACACUAAUUUACAGCAGAGUUCCUUGUGAUAAGAUCAAAGAGUACUGUUCUCCUAAUGCUAAUGAGUGACCCUACACGUAACAUCUUGUUACUGCUAUGAUAAAUAGGAACAUUUUGAAGGCGCAAGUGUGCAAGUGGUUUUGGUUGAAAUUUGCAACUGGACUAUACCUUGUUUUGGAUGAUGGGAACUUAAUGGACAACAGGUCAAUGAGCAGCGCACUUUCAUGUGAAGAGAUUGGGAUAUUGGUGGAUGCUGACGAGAGUGCAGGGAGGACACAGUUAGGUUUAAAAGACACAUAUAAAAAGAAGCAAAAGGACUGAUGAGCUGCAUGCACGCAAGGGCUCUGUGGGUUUAUGAUGCAGUAGUAAUAAUCUAAACACAGCUCCAAAAGUACAGGAAUAAUCACUUAACAUUCUUGAUCAGGAAAAAAGUGUCAGGUGACAGUGCUGAUUCAGGAAAAUGUAUAUAAUGCAGAGGUAGAAUCUCUUUAAGAAGUCAAUGAGUGAGUCAAUUCGCUUAAGAGUGAAUGAGGUAUUAUAUGACUGGGAAGGUCUCUGAGGCCACCACGGAGUGCGUGGGAGAAAGAGGGAAACCUGCAAGGGUGUUACUAGAUUGUAAGGGCUGGUGAUACUGAGGGUCCUCUGCUCCCACAGUAUGGAUUAGAAUAACGUUGGAGCUCAUCUAUGAUUCUGUGAUCGGCAUUUGGUUAGACCAACGAGGAAAGAGCCAAGUGGAAUGGCUUUCAGAGUAGGAUCACUAGGGGAUCACGUUGUGGUUUUCCGUACUCAAUUCCAUGAUUUCUGGUAAAUUGAUGUUUCUGUAUCAGCCAGCUGUCUGUGAUAUUGCAGAGAUGCAAGAGAGAUUGCAGGUGCUGGAAAUUUGGGUCAACACACACAAAGAGAUGCAGCGGGUUAAGAACCAGAGCGCCAGAACAGAGAAGUAGAGAGGUUGUGGAGGCAGAUUUUGUUAAGAUCUUGGACAAAGCAAGGGAUCAGAAAAUUGAGCAUGGUGCGACUAAUGUUUUGAGUUGCAUAUAGUUCAAUGCAAAUAGUAUCGUAGGAAAGGCAUUGGAAUUAUAAUAUUGUAGCCAUUAGUGAGACUUAGCUGUAGGUGGAGCAGGACUGUUGGUUUAAUAUUCUGGAGUUCUGUUAUUAUAGACCGGCCUAGUGGGAGGGAUUAAAAUAGGAGUGUGUGCAUUACCUGUCAGGGAAAAUGUCAUACAGUGCCCAGUCAGGGCAGACUGGAGAACUCAUCUAGUGAGGUUUUAUGGGUGGAACUGAAGGAUAAGAAAAGUACGUCCAAGUUAAUGGGGCUAUGUUAUAGAACACCCAAUAGUCUGUGGGAUUUAGAGGAACAAAUUUGUAGUGCAAUCAGAUCUAGAGAGGAGGUCUUGGUCUCCCACUUCUGCACAACCCCGUGAGAGAAUGGGGCUCGACUCCACCUCAUUCCCUGCAGGCUGUACGGUGCCGGUUUCAAUAUCACUUCAUCACUGUCAUUCCUCUCCCUCCGGCUCCUUAUCCGACAGCAUCUCGUCCUGCUGUUCCAUCGAGUGGGAAGCAGGGAGCCUCUCCUCAUUCCCCACAAAGACAAAACAACAGGCAGCUAUGCACGUAAACUUCACCCAAACCUUCGCCGAUGGUGACGCCUCAGUGCACAGGGCAGUGACGAUGUGUGCUGUUCAUCGAUAGGAUAUUGUACUCACAAUGAUGUAGUGCUGAUGGGCUUUGCUCCAGAUGAAGUUUGUACCUCGGUGCCCCCACCCGUGCCUCCUUCAGCCUGGGGAGUCCCCCUCCCACUGGAGUGGCCUCCCUUCCAGCUGUCACUGCUUUAUCAUAUAUGGAGAAGGUGAGGGGCUCUGAAUGAUCCUUGCAGGAUGCAUCGUCUUGUGGAGGGGGAGUGAGAGAAGACCAUCGGUGAGAAGGGGCAUUGGAUGGUGUGGAUGGAAUCAUAAUUUGUGAUUAACACUUGGUGCAAGUAAGUGUGUGUGAGGCAGGAAUAUUUCUGUUGGUGUCUAUCUCACCUUGGCAUCCCUGGGGAGAUCAUGAAAUUCCUGAAAGGAUUGUUUAAUGCAGCAAGGAUUCUCAUUCCUGAAGGAGAGAAUUCCUUCUCCUCAUGGGUUUCUGUCUUACCUGCAUGUCUGUGACUGGUGAACAACUCAAUUUCCCUUUCUGUAUCUCUCUCUCUGCCCACUGCAAUCUCUCUCACCUCCAUGGCAGAACUGCUUCCCCAGGCAGUUGCUUUCCUGGGCAGCGCUGUGGUGCAGGAGGUAGAACUGCUGCCCCCGGCUCCAGAGACUCCGGUUCAAUCCUGACCUCUGGUGCUGUCUGUGGGGAGUUUGCACGUUCCCCACAAGCAUCAGUUUUCUGCCACAAUCCCAAAACCAGGGGAGUUUUAGUUAAUUGGUUACUGGAAAUUGUCCCUGGGUUGGAGAAUCUGGGAGGAGUUGAUAGGAAUGUGGGGAGAAUAAAAUAUGGGAUUAAUGUAAAUGUGUUGGUGCAGACUCGAUGAAAGGGAGUUUCAUGCUGAAUCUUUCCAUGACUAGGACACACACUCACACACUCCGUCAAAUUUCCCUUUAUUUUGGAGUUGCUCUGUAAGGAGGAUUUCCAGGCUUUGCCUCACCAUGUUAUAUAACCUGGUGCAUUUUUGAAACCUCCUGAACUUUGUUGAUGGGCAGAGAUUGAAACAUGAGAGAGACCUCCAUCCAAUCCAUCUUCAUAACGUAUCGCUUCAAGAAGGCUCACAGUAUUGUCAAGGAUUCCUGCUCCCUUACCAUUCCCUUUGUUCUCUUCUAGAAGUUACAGGAAAUUGAAAAGCCCAGUAGGCCAGACACAAGAACAUCUUCUACCCCAGUACCACACUGCUAUCUGACUUCUGAACUAAUCACCUCUUUGAAACCCCCUUCCUGGUGCCAUAGAGUCAAAGAGCCAUGCAGCAUAGAAACAGGUUCCUUGCCCAACUAGUCCACACCGACUGUCUUCCCCGAGAUGCUGGUCCAUCUGCUCGCGUUUGGCCCAGAGCUCUCUAAACCUCUCCUAUCCAUGUAUCUAUCAUGAUGACUUUUCAAUAUUGCUGAUGUGUACACUUAUCCACUGUUUCUGGCAGCUCAUUCCAACUCUGCAUCAUAUUUGCAGGAAGAAGCUGCCACAAUGUUCCUUUUAAAUAUCUGACCUCGGAUCUUAACUCUAUGCCCUCUUGUUUUUAGCCCCAACCCCAGAAAAAGACAACAUGCUUUCAUCUUGUCUACACCCUUAUGAUCUUGCAUAACUCUAUCAGCUUACCCUGAAGUUCCUAAAUUCUGCAGUAGUGUCAUUCCUACGUGUGCCUGUCUGGACAUGCCCCCUGCUGACUGCUCCUGUGGCUCCUCCCACAGGCCCCUGUAUAAAGGCAUCUGAGGCCUAUGCUCAGCCUCAGUCUCCAGGAUGUAGUAUGAUGGUCACUCACUUCUGGUUCCUUCUUCCAGUCAAUAAAAGCCGAUAUCUCGCCUUACGUCUCAGAGUGAGUUGUUGAUGGUGCAUCAAUUUUAUUGACUGGAAGUUUUAAAACAUGGAAACCGUUUUAUGUCCGGAAAGGUUGGAUUUGGACCCUGAAGCAGUUCUCGCUUUUGAACACUGGCUUGCAUGCUUCCAAUCGUACUUGGAGGAGUUUUCGUGCAACUGAACCCACCGUUAUGCACAGAAUUCUCCUCUCGAGGGUCACCCCAAAAGUUUACUCCAUUAUCCGGGACCUGCCGACCUACGAUGGGGCACUGGACGCCCUCAAAAGACAGUACCUGCGGCCGGUGAACACCGUCUACGCAAGACAUUAUUUAGCUACCCGGCGACAGUGGCCUGGCGAAUCGAGCCCCGAGUUUCUCCGAGCACUAUAAACACUCGUCCGAACUUGUGACUGCAAGACGCUCACGGCAGAACAGCAUGUGGAGCUGCUGGUGUGAGACGCCUUUGUGACGGGACUGAGGUCAGUGUACAUGCGCCAGCGGCUGCUGGAAAAUGCCGAUCUUACCUUACGCUCGGCGAUCAAGACGGCCAACGCUCUGAAAGCUGCUCUGCACAAUGCUGAUGCUGUCCAGUCGCGUGAUUUCCUGCCGGUUCCGUGGACAUCUCAGACCCUGCCACCGGUGGCUCCCGGGAGUGAAUUCGCCAACGCCGCUGCCAGUCACUAUUCCACGAGCUCCCCAAACCUGACCACGGCUGCGGCCCGUUAGAAGCCCGUGCUUUGUUAUUUCUGUGGACUCAAAAAGCACUCCCGACAACGCUGUCCAGUGUGAGAAGCGACCUGCUCCAGCUGCGGAAAGCGGGGCCAUUUUGCCAAGGUCUGUAAGUCUAAACUACGAGCAGAGUGCAGCGCUGCGGGUGAGACGUGGGGGCCGCCAUCUUGCAUGCCCGGAUGUGGGCGGCCAUCUUUGUCGACAUCAGCACGCCCCGCCUCCGACCCUCGGAUGCUGACCGGGUACCCCGGAUGUGGGCGGCCAUCUUUGUCGACGUCAGCACGCCCCGCCUCCGACCCUCGGAUGCUGACCGGGUACCCCGGAUGUGAGCGGCCAUCUUUGUCGACGUCACCAUGCCCCGCCCCCGGACCUCCGAUGCUUACCGGGCACCAAGACGGCGAUUCAACUCUGGCCACUGUAACUCUCGACCAAAGUGCCCCACACCAGCUUGCAAGGUCCAUGAUGGAUAUCCGGGUGGAGGGGCACAGGACAAGAUGCCUGUUUGACACGGGCAGCACUGAGAGUUUUAUUCACCCGGACACAGUGCAACGCUGCGGACUCGCAACACGGCUGUCUGUCACUGGGACCACUGUGGGACCACUGGGACCACGUUUGGCUGACGACCCCGGGGCCAGUGCUGCUCCAGAAACAUGUGAGGAGCAAUAACUACUCUCCGUUGGUCGAGAGGGUUCACCUUCUACAUGCGAACCCCCAGUAUGCCUACGUGGUCUUACCUGAUGGGCGGGAGGACACAGUCUCCAUCUGCGACCUGGCACCCGCAGGUGCAGCAGACCACUACCCUGAAGACUCUCCGGUAACUAUGAACCCUGCACCUGUGGUGAUACCGUGUUCACCAGGCCCUACACAGACUCCUCACGACGCUUAUAGCUCACCAGGCCCUACACAGACUCCUCACGACAUUUAUAUACCGGGCAUUUCAUACGCAUUUAUACCAGGCACCUCGCACAUGCGUGAGGGAUCACCGGCGCCUAGUGGGCUGGAACAAGCACAACCUCCGUCGCCUGUGCAAUCACCAAUGUCGCCGGCAAUCACAGCCGGUGCUACGUAGAUCGCAGCGACAGAUUUGACCACCUGAUAGACUUGACUUGUAAGAAACUUCGCCACAUGGGGACUCUUUUAAACAAAGGGGGGGUGAAUGUGGUGAACUACGUGUGCCUGUCUGGACACGCCCCCUGCUGACUGCUCCUGUGGCUCCUCCCACAGGCCCCUGUAUAAAGGCAUCUGAGGCCUAUGCUCGGCCUCAGUCUCCAGGAUGUAGUAUGGUGGUCACUCACUUCUGGUUCCUUCUUCCAGUCAAUAAAAGCCGAUAUCUCGC